UACAUGAAGGAGGGAGAUAGUCAUACGCAUGCGCACUGCGUCACUCCGGAACUGCAGCGCAAGGGCCGGCUCUUAUUAGUCAUUAGCUUGUCUUGUUCGAGAAGCAUCAGAAACUACGUCAGAGAGUAGUAUCAACAUCAUGACGAUGGCCUGUCGGUGCCUACUCACUUUGCUGCUGAGUGUGAUAACUGUCUCAGCCGUAGAAGUGCAGCGACCUCGGGGUGUCCCCCUAUCAAAAAAGCAUUUCUACGAGGAGGGCAAACCUUUCACUUGCUUGGAUGGCUCCCGCAGCAUUCCCUUUGACAGUGUGAAUGAUGACUACUGUGACUGCCAGGACGGGUCCGAUGAGCCAGGAACUCCGGCUUGCCCCAAUGGCAGCUUCCAUUGCACCAAUGCAGGUUUUCGUCCGGUCUUCAUCCCAUCGUCCCGCAUCAAUGAUGGCAUAUGCGAUUGCUGUGACGCUACAGAUGAGUACAACAGUGGUGCUACCUGCCAAAACACCUGCAGGGAAUUGGGACGCAAAGAGAGAGAGAACCUUCAGAAACUGGCUGAGAUCACCAAGGAGGGCUUUGUGCUUAAACAACAACUCAUCCAGGAGGCCAAGAGGGGUCUGGAGGAAAAGAAGUCUCAAAUAUCAGAGCUUGAGACCAGUAAGGCACAACUGGAGGUGAGAGUAGAGGCUCUGAGAACUGUGAAGGAAACGGCAGAGGAGCCGGAGAAGGCGGCUAAAGAGCACCAUCUAAAGGCUUGGGAGGAUCAAAAAGCUGCAGUGCGCAUGGAGAAGGACAAAGCUCGAAUGGCGGAGGUGUUUCUUGAACUGGAUGAUGACGGCGAUGGAUUUGUUUCCCUGUCUGAGCUUCAGUCCCAUAAUGAGCUUGACUCCAAUUCCGAUGGCUCUUUCACCGAAACGGAGGCACAGGCCAUGUUGGGAGGUGUGGACAAGGUGGACCCAACAGCAUUUGAGGCAAUAUGGAAAGACAUUAAAAACAAAUACGUAUCUCAGCAGGCCCAAGAACCGCUGGAGACGGUCUCUGACAAUGACUCUGAACACUACUCUGAGGGUGAAAUCCCAGAGGAAGAGGAGGAUGAUAAUGACGAUCAGGAGGAGGAGGAGGAGGAAGAAAAUGAUGAUGACGAUCAAGACGAAGCAGACUACCAUAGACCUCCUGCUGAGCAAGAAAAGAAGGAUGACGAGGACGAGGGGAUGAUGCCACCCUACGAUACAGAAACGCAGAACCUCAUUGAUGCUGCUCAGAAAGCGAGGGUGGAGUUUGAUGAGGCUGAGCGAGCUCUCCGGGAACUGGAUAAUCAGUUGAAGAACCUCCAGAAGGAAACUUCAUCUGACUUUGGACCCAAUACCGAGUUUGCUUACCUCUACAACCAGUGCUAUGAGUUAACAACCAGCGAAUACAUCUACAGGCUCUGCCCAUUUGAUCGAGUAUCUCAGAAACCCAAGUAUGGUGGAUCAGAGACCAGCCUCGGGACAUGGGGUCAGUGGGAAGGUCCCGAGGAUAACAUCUACAGCGUAAUGAAGUACGAGCACGGCAUGGGAUGCUGGCAAGGCCCCAACAGAUCCACCACGGUUAAGUUAAAAUGCGGGAAGGAGACGGUCAUAACAUCCACGUCGGAGCCCAGUCGCUGCGAGUACUUGAUGGAGUUCAUCACCCCCGCCCUCUGCCAGGACCCAAAGACCUUUGAUUCUAUGCUGCAUGAGCAUACGGAACUUUAGAGCCACCCAAUUUGUUGUUCACCAGGGACCAAAUCGCCGUGGCAACAGGAAGCUGUGAGCCAGAGGGCACCAGCAUAAAUCGUCAUUUCCAAUGAGUUAGUCAUUUCAUUUAUAAAACCCCAAUCACUUGUAAUGUCAUUUUAUUCUACCUGAAAUAAACAUGUCCUUUCUCUUGAACACGUCUUGUGUGUGUGUGUGUGGUCGAUAGAAAGGCUUAACUUAUGUAAUUGAAUAAUUUAGAUUUCAGAGUAAUACAGUCAUGGAAAUAAAAUUUAGAUCACUUUUGUUUCUUUUAAUACCCCUUACAACUAAAGUAUGACAAAAAUGGCUCAUAAGAGUUGAUUUUGGUUAGUACUGUUCGUUGUCUCAGGUAUUGAAAUGAACAAUAAUCAAUUUUUUUCCCUGACUGUAUGUUUAAAAAAAAAAAAAAAAAAGUAUCUUUUUGGAAUAAUUGUAUUGUAGCAGCCUUAAGUCUGAUAUGUUAUUGUUGCUGUAACUAUAAAAACUAGCCUCUUAAGACCAUAAUUGUGCCAUAAAAGACAAUGCUGUAUAUCUGCUCACAGUCCACAAAAUGGGGCCACUCAUAUUUGUAACUUUUAUUUUUUUCUGGCAUGUAAAGUACAAAUAAUCAAACAAUUCCAUGAAAAAGUCUUCAAGCGUCUUCAGCUGAAAUCCCAGUAGUAAAUAUCCUAGACUAAACUGAAAGGUUUUAUUUGUAUUUUUUUUUCUUCUUCUUUGAUCUCUUUGAGUGUUUCUCAUUGCUCGUUUGGUCAUGUCUGGAAGUGUGAGUGUUUUUUUUUUUUUUGUAUU